AUGGCGGAAUCCGUCCACGGCGCCUCGCCGGCCUCGUCGCACUCAGACUCGGGCGACAAGAGCAACAGCAAAAAGAGAGCCUCGGCGGGCGACGAGUCCAGCGGCCCUCAAAAGGUCACCAAGCGCAGGGCCGCCCGGGCUUGCGUGUCGUGUCGAGCGCGCAAGGUGCGCUGCGACGUGGUCGAGGGAGCGCCCUGUGGCAAUUGCCGCUGGGACAAUGUCGAGUGCAUCGUGCAGGAGAGCCGUCGGCGAAAAAAGAACCUCGUCACCCCCAGCGCCGUGGGACCGGGCGCAGCCGAGGCACAGCUGCGCGCCAAAGCCACCGCCGCCCCGGGCUCGACGUCCCUGGCCACGCCGCCGCUGUCCCUGAGCAACCCUGACAUUUCGCACCUACACCGGACCGGCAGCGUGUCUGCCUUUUCGUCAAACAGCCCCGACGGAGCGACGCCCUUGUUGCCCAAGAACGGUGACGGCCACGUGCCGCAUAUGCUCUAUCAACGAUCCGGAUAUCGCCAUGACAGCAUCGUCAGCCAGACUUCCUCCUAUGGAAACGGCCGCACGGCGCAGUUCCUCAACUCGCUCGAACUCCCCGAUGCCGGAUCCCAGCUUCCCGCGUUUGUGAGGCCGCUGCCUGCCAAGAUCGCCCCCGAGGAUGUGCAGUAUCUCGCACUCAAGGGCGCCCUGACGCUGCCCAACAUUUCGCUGCAGAAUGCGCUGCUGCAAUGCUACAUCGAGUACGUCUAUCCGUACAUGCCGCUGAUCGACUUGCACCACUUCUUGAGCAUUGUCGAUCGCAGGGAUGGCGUCAACGGCCAGACGAGCUUGUUGCUCUACCAGAGUAUUAUGUUUUCGGCGACGGCCUUUGUGGAUAUGAAGCAUUUGAGGGAGGCUGGCUUUUCGUCAAGAAAGGCUGCUAGAAAGGCGUUUUUCCAGAAGACGAGGCUCCUGUAUGACUUUGACUAUGAACAAGACCGCCUCGUGCUCGUCCAGUCUCUCAUGCAAAUGACCUACUGGUACGAGACCCCCGACGACCAAAAAGACACCUGGCACUGGAUGGGCGUUGCCAUUUCCCUCGCCCACACCAUCGGCCUGCACCGCAACCCUGGGUCAACGUCCAUGUCCACGUCCAAGCAGCGUCUGUGGAAACGCAUAUGGUGGUCGUGCUUCAUGCGAGAUCGUCUCAUUGCCCUCGGCAUGCGCCGUCCGACCCGCAUCAAGGACGAGGACUUUGACGUCCCCAUGCUCGUGGAGAGCGAUUUCGAUAUCCAGCCCCUCGCCGAGGGCGUCAGUGUUGUCCCCCCCGAAUGCACGCUCGUGCGAGACGUCAGUAUGCAGCGCGAACUGGCCGCCAUGUGCAUCUCCAAGGCGAAGCUGUGUCUCUGCAUCAGCCACAUGCUCAAGACGCAGUACUCGGUGCUCAUCCGUGACAAGAUGAAGCCCGAGAACACGACAAACAGCACCAUGAUGCUGUUCCCCAACAAGCAGAUGGACAACGUGGACAGCGUCAACACCGUCGACCUCGAACUCAGCGCCUGGGCUGCUUCCCUCCCGGAUGUCUGCCAGUACCGACCCCUAAACCCCCUCGACGUCAGGGACGGCAGGUCGACCAUUGCCGUCCAACGAACGCUGCUUCACAUGGUCUACCACACCACCAUCUCGGCCCUCCACCGUCCCCAAUUCCUGCCCUCGUCGCCGACCCAAGCGCCCACUACAUCUCGCCAGGUCCAGGAAAUGUCCCGUCUGCGCGUCCGCGACGCCGCCUCCCAAAUCACCCGCAUGGCCACCGAGCUGCAGCACCUCCGUCUGGAGAAGUUCCUACCCACGACGGGCGUCACCGUCAUCCUCCCCGCCAUGAUCAUCCACCUCCUCGAGAUGAAAUCGCCCUCCUCGCAGGCCCGGGACCGCGCCACCCGAGGCUUCCGCCAGUGCAUGCGCGUCAUGGAGAAGCUGCGCGAGAUCUACGCCGCCGCCGACUACGCAACGGGCUUCCUCGACGCCGCCCUCCGCAAGGCCGCCAUCGACAUCAACACCAACGUCGGCCACCAGACCCUCUCUGCCAUGAAGGCGGACCUGCCCGCCGAGUUCAACGCUCAGACCACGCCGCCCCCGGACAACCUGCCGUACAUGACGGCCUCGGAGUCCCUCUUCACCGAGAAGCCCAGGCCGCCCCUCAGGACCAUGCCUAUGCCGCCGCCGGCCACCAUCAACGUCGCGGCCCUCGAGCUCUCAACCAACUCCCCGCCCCAGACGGACUUUGACUCGGCGCAGCUCACGCCCAGCGCAAGCGGCCAGUCGGAGACGCAGCUCGUCGACCUCGACACGAUGGACCUCGACUUCAUGCAGGGCCACGACGAAUUCGACUGGAACGCCGUCGCCGGCACCGACUUUGAUGUCGACCAGUGGCUGCAGUUCCCCGACGCCGGCUCCAACCCCAAUCCCAAUCCCAGCGCCAUCGGGGGCGACGACCUGGCCGCGGGAUUGUUUGACAAUGCCAACACGGCAAAGUUGAUGGAGGAGACGCUAGAUCUAUCGGCGUUGGACAAUGAAGGGGACACGAACAUGGGCGUCGAGGCCGUGCAGCUGGAGGCUAGUGUUUUGUAA